AGCAUCAAAAUGAAAAUACCACCUUUCCAAGGUAGAACUGACCCUGAGGUUUAUCUAGAGUGGAAGAAAAAAAUAGAGUUGGUGUUUGAUUGCCAUAAUUACUCUGAGGAGAAGAAAGUGAAGUUGGCGGUAAUUGAAUUCACUGAUUAUGCUAUUAUUUGGUGGGAUCAAUUAGUGACCAAUAGGAGGAGGAAUUAUGAGAGGCCUAUAGAGACAUGGGGAGAGUUGAAAGCUCUCAUGAGGCGGAGAUUUGUUCCUAGCCAUUACUAUAGAGACCUUUACCAGAAAUUACAAAAUCUUACACAGGGGUCUAGGAGUGUAGAGGAUUACCAUAAGGAGAUGGAGGUGGCGAUGAUUCGGGCUAAUGUAGAGGAGGACCGAGAGGCCACCAUGGCUAGAUUUUUGAGUGGGUUAAAUAGGGACAUAGCCAAUGUAAUUGAAUUACAACAUUAUGUGGAGAUAGAGGACAUGGUGCACAUGGCUAUGAAGGUGGAGAGACAGUUAAAGAGAAAAGGGACAGCAAGGUACACUUCGGUUUCUAGCACUACUUGGAAAUCAAAAUGGGAUAGGAAUGAUCCAGGUGAAGCAAAGAGAAAGACCGAACCACCUAAGGGAAAAGAUGAGGGAACUAGCAACAAACCCAAGGUAGAAUCCCAACCUUCACGGAAUAGAGAUAUCAAAUGUUUUAAGUGUUUGGGUUCAGGGCACAUUGCUUCUCAAUGUCCAAAUAGGAGGGUGAUGAUUAUGCGUGACAAUGGAGAGGUGAUGACUGAGAGUGAGGAUGAUAGUGAUGAGGUGCCCGAGUUGGAUGAUGCUAGUGAUGAUGAUGGAGUGGUAUACCCUGUGACAGGUGAGUCUCUUGUUGCCAGGCGUGCUCUUAAUGCACACAUUAAGGUGGAUGAUGCAGAGCAACAGAGAGUGAACAUUUUCCAUACUAGAUGCCAUGUCAACAAUAAGGUAUGUAGUAUGAUCAUUGAUGGAGGGAGUUGUACUAAUGUGGCUAGCACUACUUUGGUUGAGAAAUUGAAUUUACCAACCUUAAAACACUCUAGACCAUACAAAUUGCAGUGGUUGAAUGAUUGUGGAGAGGUUAGGGUGGAUAAACAAGUGUUAGUUACUUUUUCUAUUGGGAAGUAUCAGGAUGAGGUGCUUUGUGAUGUUGUGCCUAUGCAUGCGGGCCAUAUUUUGUUGGAGAGGCCAUGGCAGUAUGAUAGGAGGGUGACACAUGAUGGGUUCAAGAACAUGUACAGCUUUGAAAAGGAGGGCAAAACAAUUAAGCUUGCUCCUUUAACUCCAAGCCAGGUCUAUGAGGACCAAUUGAAAUUGAAAAGUGAGGUUGCUCAAAAAAGAAAAAGUGAAAAUGAGAGUGAUCAGAAGAGAAAGAGUGAAAAUGAGAGUGAUCAAAAAAGGAAGAGGAAUUCAUUCCCACGGGUUCAUAUCAAUCGCCCUAUGAUUUUUCUUGUCUAUAAAGAGUCUUAUCUUACUCUUGAUGAAACUAACCAGUUUCUUCCUAGUUUGGCUGUUUCUUUAUUGCAGGAGUUUGAGGAUGUAUUCCCGGAUGAGAUGCCAAAUGAGUUGCCACCCAUUAGAGGCAUUGAGCACCAGAUUGAUUUUGUGCCCGGGGCUGCUAUUCCAAACCGACCAGCCUAUAGGAGUAAUCCAGAGGAGACACAGGAGCUUCAGAGGCAAGUUGAGGAUUUGAUGAGCAGGGAGUACGUGAGGGAGAGCAUGAGCCCCUGUGCUGUACCAGUGCUACUGGUGCCAAAGAAGGAUGGGACGUGGAGGAUGUGCAUUGAUUGCAGGGCGGUCAACAAUAUCACGGUAAAGUAUCGCCAUCCCAUUCCUAGAUUGGAUGAUAUGCUUGAUGAAUUGCAUGGCUCAUGUAUUUUCAGUAAAAUUGAUCUUAAAAGUGGGUACCAUCAAAUUAGAAUGAAAGAGGGUGAUGAAUGGAAAACUGCUUUUAAGACUAAAUAUGGGCUUUAUGAAUGGUUGGUUAUGCCAUUUGGACUUACAAAUGCGCCCAGUACUUUCAUGAGAUUAAUGAACCAUGUCCUACGUGCAUUCAUAGGCAAGUUUGUGGUUGUGUACUUUGAUGAUAUCUUAGUGUACAGCAAGAACUUAAAUGAACAUAUUGACCAUUUGAGAUAUGUGUUUGAUGUGUUGAGAUGUGAAAAGUUGUAUGCUAAUUUCAAGAAAUGUGCCUUUUGCAUGGAAAAAGUUGUUUUUCUUGGUUAUGUUGUUAGUACGAAGGGUAUUGAGGUGGAUGAAGAGAAAGUCAAGGCCAUCAAGGAGUGGCCAACGCCAAAAAGCAUCACUGAGGUAAUUAAAAAGAAUGUUGGGUUUCAUUGGGGGGCUAAUCAAGAGAAUGCUUUUGCCACUAUUAAAGAAAGGUUGUGCUCUGCACCUGUGUUAGCAUUACCUGAUUUUAACAAAGCUUUUGAGAUUGAAUGUGAUGCCUCAGGAAUUGGGAUUGGAGCCGUUUUGAUGCAAGAUAGGCGUCCCAUAGCCUUCUUCAGUGAAAAGUUAAGUGGGGCAUCCCUGAACUACCCUACUUAUGACAAAGAGCUUUACGCUCUUGUUCGUGCAUUAGAGACUUGGCAGCACUACCUAUGGCCAAGGGAAUUUGUGAUCCACACCGAUCAUGAAUCAUUGAAGCAUCUCAAGGGUCAAGGUAAGUUGAAUAAAAGGCAUGCUAGAUGGAUGGAAUACAUUGAGACAUUUCCCUAUGUCAUCCGUUACAAGCAAGGUAAGGAGAACAUUUUAUUGGUGCGUGAGGCACAUGGUGGGGGAUUAAUGGGACACUCUACUACUUCAUACUCUCCUUUCGAAAUUGUUUAUGGAUUUAAUCCACUUACUCCUUUGGAUUUGAUGCCUUUACCUGUUGAUGACAGAAGUAGUUUGGAUGGACAAAAGAAGGCGGAGUUAGUGAAGUCACUUCAUGAGAGGGUACGGCUUCAAAUUGCCCAAAAGAAUGAAAGGGUUGCGUCCCAAGCCAAUAAAGGACGAAGGCGUGUCAUCUUUGAACCAGGAGAUUGGGUUUGGGUUCACAUGCGCAAAGAAAGAUUCCCAGCCCAUAGAAGGACUAAGUUACAUCCUCGAGGAGAUGGACCUUUCCAAAUUCUUGAGAAAAUUAAUGACAAUGCAUAUAAAGUGGAUCUUCCAGGUGAGUAUAAAGUUUCUGCAACUUUCAAUGUUUCUGAUCUUUCUCCUUUUGAUGUAGGUGAAGAUUCGAGGUCGAAUCCUUUUGAGGAGAGGGGGAAUGAUAGGAACCAAGGUGGGCCUACUCUUAAAGAUCCUUUGCAAGUUCCAGAUGGGCCAAUUACAAGAUCAAGGGCCAAGAAGAUCAAGGAAGCAAUGCAA